AUGAUUUCAGGGUGCGGAAGGAAGUGGGAAGUGGAAGACAUUCACUUCACUGGACUGUUCGAUGCUCAGUAUUUGUAUUUCACACCAGCUUCAGCCAAAUGCCAACUGAGUUUUACUGCCUAUGGUGCAACUGGCAAGAAAGUGUCAGUUGUUGAGCCAGUACGUGGAAAAGCUGUCGAGCUGCAUCUCGAUAACGCAACGUAUGGCAAUAACGCUGGAAUCCAAUCCCUGUAA